GGGCUGCUAACGUAACUAAUUUCUACCGCAUUUUAUCGCCGGACUAAAACCGGAAGAGGAGUGACGACAUUAAUGUUUUGCUAAAUGUUAGCAACAGUAAGCUAACUUUGUCCUAUAGUUUGGCUUCUCAUUAUAAUCUCCCUGAAGUUUGAGAAACGGUUCGGCUCGUUAGACUAUCGUAGUUAAAUGAGAAAUUUUAAAUACUAAAUCAAACAUGAACGGGAGUACGAAUCCAUUGCUGGACAAAGAGGAGCAUGUUUUGAAGCUCGGAGAAAGCUUUGAGAAGAGGCCAAAAUCUUCCUUUCACACCAUCAGAUAUGACUUCAAACCUGCAUCUAUUGACACAAGCUGUGAGGGAGAGCUACAAGUUGGGAAAGGAGAUGAAGUUACCAUAACAUUACCUCAUAUUCCAGGCUCCACGCCUCCCAUGACAGUAUUCAAGGGAAACAAGCGGCCAUACCAGAAGGACUGUGUGCUCAUUAUUAACCACGACACUGGGGAAUUUGUGCUGGAGAAGCUGAGCAGCAGCAUUCAGGUCAAGAAAACUAGGGCGGAGGGCAGUAGUAAGAUUCAGGCCCGGAUCGAGCAGCAGUCGGCCCGCUCCAGCCAGGCCAGCUCACAGUUCAGAGCACCCACUAAGCCUGGGGCCGGAGUCAAAACCUCCCCAUCUCCUUCUAAGGAUAACCCUUCCCCAGAGCCUCAGCUUGACGACAUCAAGAGAGAGCUGCGAGCAGAGGUGGAGGUGAUAGAACAGAUGAGCAGCAGUGGUAGCAGCAGCUCCUCUGACUCAGCCAGCGCCUCUGGGAGCGGUGACGACAGCAGCAGCAGUGACGGCGAGCACGACGCCCCCCGACCUAUGAGCCAGACCUCGCCCACCCGCCAGCCAAUGGCCAACGGAGGAGGCGACCGGCAGCAGGGCAACAACCAGCUCAUGAACACACUCCGAAACGACCUUCAGCUCAGCGAGUCAGGCAGUGACAGUGAUGACAACUGAGUCCUCUGCUGGUCAGUCUCUGUCUCUUCCCCAAUGCCUCCUCCUCCUCCUCCUCCUCUGCCUGAUUCACCUGUUCCUUUGCUGUGGUAGCUGACCCCAGGUGUAUAACUUUUAUUUGAUUUGAGCAUAUCCUGGCCAGCCUGGAGCUUUAAGAGUGUAUUUUUUAUUAGAUGUAUAUUUUUGUUUUAUAUAGCAAAGCUUUAGAAGAAGAAAUCUGAUGAGUAUGGGAGAUUAUAUAGCAGAGUGCACAUACAUAUUUUCUGUACUUAGAGUAUCUAGUUUUAUCUUCUUGUGUCAUGUGUUUUGGUUGAGGUUUGUGUUCAAGCGCUUUUCCUCUCCCCUUGUGUCGCUGUUUAUCAGAGAAGGUUGUAAGAGGCCUUUCUGCAUCACUGUCACGUUUUUAUCAGUGUGCUAAGAAUACAAAAAUUGUAGAGAUACCCCGUGAAUGAGUAACACAACCCUUAUGUGGUGCCAUCUGCUACUCUGUUAGUAAGUGUGCCUGUGCCUGUGCCUUCCUUAUCUCAACGCCUUUUAGUUUAAAUGUAGACAUGAAUCCCAGUAAAGAUCAUAACUAACUUAAAGGCUUUUUCAGACUUUAUUCAGGAAUAAACCUGUCACUCUGGUUUUUUCCUUAUUGUCACCAAUUCCCAUGAAUGCUCUCUGACCUCCCUGCCCUGUGUGUGGCUCUCAGUUCUAAGCUCACUGAUUCCUCAGAGAGUAAAUUAAGUAAGGAGUACAUCUUUAACAUGACUCACCAAACAAGUUUCUUUUUUUUUUUCAUAACAGCUAUGUAAACUGGAUUUUAGCAAACAUUACUCAAACAGAGCAUUUCUUGGGGACUAUUUCCAACAGAGGAUUAAUACGCAUUUGGUGCUCUACUGAGUAUUUGGGGCAGGACAGUGUGGAUGGGACUGCGCCAAAAUAAACUACAGUGUGUGUGUUCGUGGUGAUGAAUAACGUGAGCAGUGUAACAUGUAAUAGUUUUAGACAGCAGUGGAGCUCUGUGGUACAGAUGAACAAGAUGUAUCACACAGCACUCGUUAAUAUGAUCAAUUGUUGAGAUUUGCUGACAGUAAGAAAUAUUGAGCUUGACAAUCUUGUUUUUUAGUUACAGAGGACAUUAGCUAAACUAACUGACAGUUUGCUGUUGUGAAAAUCAGAUUUUGGCUGUGUGGGUUAUGAGUUUCAGUGCUUUUUUUUUUUUUUACUAACAACCUCACAGGAAAUGUGACAUUUCAAUGGCGUGCUGAUAUUUAGGGCCACAUGGUACAGUAUUUGCAGCACCACCAGGGGGCAGAAAAAACGUUCACAGAAAAAAAAUAUCAGCUCAUAAUGAUGUCAUUGCUAAUGUGUUAGCAAACAGUUGAAUGUAAGUCCAGUGUUCACUCUCCUGCUAGCUUUGGUUUGGGCUCCACUGACCUCUGAGUAAAGUAUCUGGCUGUUUAAAUGCUUCACCUGCUUUGGCUCUCUGCCAUGCAGUGCUGAACAUUUUACCUUCUCAUUGUAUAAGCUCGUUUGCUGGAAACAGCUGCUGCAGUUUAUAAAGCCAGACAUAUAAUCUGUGUGCAGCUGGAGAAUCCAAAACAAUGAGCUAAAAUGGCUAAAAGUCCCAACUGAGCUGCAGAGUUUGGUGGCAUUGGCCAAAUAUGGUCGCAGUUUGAGCCUGCACUGGCUGGAGUGGAAACUUUUUAACACAAAUACAUUUUGUGUUAGGGAUCUCUUUACGUUAGUUGCUGUGACGGUCAGAUGAAAAGGCUUAAAAGUGUUUUAGUAUCAUCCUCUCGCUCAUGUGAUCAGUGAAUAUUACAAAUGUCACAAACACUCCAGCUAUAAGCAGUUAUAGCAAUGUUUGAAAGGGUUACUGAUGAUAUUAAAUCUAUCACAGUCAUUAAUCAGCAUGCCUGCAGUAUAUCUGAGGAAUGGGAGCAUUUAACUUUAAAAACCCUGAAACCCCAAACAACACAGGAUUGAAUAUGGUAAAGAGCUUUGGUUCCUGUUCUUUCUAAAUGACCACUGUUCAUUUAGAGUUGGUUGUGUCAGUCGUAUGUCAUUUUGUUCAGACAGAGAAGAUCUUAUUUUUGAUCCGGGUGUUUCAUAUACUACUCAUACCUUAGUACUAUUCCAUGCCUUACAGCAUUUCAGUUUGGAAAUGAAGGUGAAUGUGUCAUUUUCUGAAAAAGCCAAAGAGUUGGACUGCUCCACAUCAUGUGCAGUGUUACAGUGUCAUGUCCGUAUGUGUGUUCCCUUUGCUUGUGUCUGGGGCUGAUUGUGUUGUGCCGUCAGCGAUGGUUCACUGUUGCUAGUGAGUAUCAUUUGGUAUUGGUCGGACUGUAUAUCAUUGUUAAUUCAGUGCAACAAUCCACAGUCAAACACAUCAAAGAGUUUCAUUACAAAAUGACUGGAGUGAACUUCAGUCCAACAAUAUGUUUUCUGUAAUGGAGCGUUUUCAGCCUGACAAAGGUCAAAUUUAACGGAGAAACUGAAUUAUAAUGAAAUGAUCAUUUUCAGGACGUGGCAACAACAAAAAAAGUUGCAGGACAAAAUGGUCAAAUGUCAACGGAUGUCCUCUCUUUGCUGACUCCACAAACAAUCUGACUAAACAAUCUUUUUAUCAGAUGGAGGUGGUAUCAGUCAUUGUCUGAAAAUACAGGCACACGUCUGGCAUCAGAGAAAAGGUGUUUCAUCCACGUUUUUUUAGUCACGUGACAGACUGUAGCUGUCCACACAGACCACAUUACUAUGACUCUAAGUGGCUUCAAGUCUGUUCUCUACUAUUUCAUGGUCUACUUUUAAUUACUGUGUUUGUGUGUUGGGCUCGUAGCGCUGUCAAAAUGCAGGUGAUCUACUCAUGAUACUGAACUGAAGCUUCUGCCUCUCUGACGUGCUGCGUUGUGUAGAUACGAUGUUGGAGAUCCUUCUGCAUGACUGCAUUCAUAUGCAGAGGGACAAAAACACUAGAGAAACAACAGCUCUUUCAGUCAAACCAGCAGCUCAGACAGAGAUAGUUGCCUACAUAACAGACACGCUGUUUUUAUUGAGAUGUAAACCGAAAUUUCAGACCCUUAGGAAUCAGAAUUGUUUUGCAUCAUUACUGGCAAGUGUAGAGAGACGUGUAACUAAUUUUGUACAUACAACUGGUAUUUACUAUAGUAGUAAAUAAUAUAUAGGUUCAGACGCAGCGUGUUGCCACAUUGUGUGCAGCCAAGUGAGAAAACCCACUCACAUCAGCAUCUCACUAUAUAAAUUCAGAGUCAGUGAUGUGAGGAACCUCUGCCGCCGCCGACAUCUCCCACUGAUGCAGUCCAUUGUGUAUACACAGUUUGGACACACAAUUCCCAUUGAAUUGAAUGGGAAAGUGUCCAGAUGUUUGACUGGUAGCGUACAUUUUAUUAAAUACUUAGAGAAUGUUACUAUCAGUAUUUUUGAAUAUUUAGUAAUGAACGUUGUGGUUAAUAUAAAUGGAGAUGCAGUAUUUUGAAAUGAAACUCUUCGAUAUCUUGAACUGUUGAAUAAACAAGCCGCUGAAGCAGGUGUAAUUUUCCACUGUGGAAUUUCCUCUGAAGAUUGUAUCACACUUCUGUUGUCUAAUGAACGUGUUUUAGUGGUAGAUUGAUGUGAAAUAUGUUUGUACAAAUAUGGUGUGUAUUAAA